AUGAAACUGUGGAAAGAGAGUCAAUCUGCGCUGUACCCCGGGCAGUUUGGACUGUUUGUGUCCGGCGUGUCUUCGAUGCGACCGUCGGCGCCACAUGACCAAGAGACCGACGAGGCAGGCCAAAAUGAGCACGACGAGGAGGCCGCAGACGACGGCCAUCGCGUAAGCGGCCGGCUGGCCGAGUCCGGUUUCCGAGAAGAGCAUCAGUCCUGCAAGUGGGUGGGCGUCGGAGGGGACGGCGCCGAGUCCCUGGCCGGGUUCGGCUUGGCGGCCGGGCCGAGUGUCGCGGACCUGCGAGUGGCCGACUGGCGGGAACGACGGCGGGUCUGA